GCGCGACUGCUAUUUUUCUCUCCCUUCGUCCAGACCGAGAGGGAGAGGUUGUGUGUGUGUGAGAGAGAGAGGGAAGCAGCAGCGUGGCGACGCCCAAAUCGCGCGAUUCGAUCGAGGCCGCUUGCCCCUAUUCGCCGAAUCCCAAACCGAGCCCGCCAAUUGGGCGCCUUGCCCGCGCAAAGAUAAAGGAGAGAGUUUUUGGCGCAUCGAGGAGUCCCACUGCAAUUUUCUUAGAGCACAGAUGAAGCGGGGUCGAAGGCGUAUGUGGAUGGGAUGACUGAUGAGGGAUGCUAGUGACAUUGAUGAACUUGUUACGGGCGUGCUGGCGACCGUCAUCAAACCGGCAUGCCCGAACAGGCUCAGAUGUUGCCGGUAGGCGGGAUGGACUGCUAUGGUACAAGGAUACAGGGCAGCAUGUAAAUGGGGAAUUCUCCAUGGCCGUAGUCCAGGCCAAUAACUUACUUGAGGACCAGAGUCAGAUUGAGUCAGGUCCACUGAGCUUUCUUGAUUCUGGCCCAUAUGGUACUUUCGUUGGGGUUUACGAUGGACAUGGUGGUCCAGAGACGGCUUGCUAUAUCAACGAUCAUCUCUUCCAGAAUCUGAAAAGGUUUGCAUCUGAGCAGAAUUCAAUGUCUGCUGAUGUACUGAAGAAAGCGUAUGAAGCUACAGAAGAUGGAUUCUUCUCUGUUGUUUCCAAACAAUGGCCAGUAAAGCCUCAAAUAGCAGCUGUUGGCGCAUGCUGCCUGGUUGGUGUAAUCUGUGGUGGCAUACUUUAUGUUGCCAACGUUGGGGAUUCCCGUGUUGUUUUAGGAAGACAUGUUAAAGCCACUGGAGAAGUUUUGGCUGUCCAAUUGUCAGCAGAGCAUAAUGUAAGUAUUGAGUCGGUGCGAAAAGAACUGCAGUCUAUGCACCCCGAAGAUAGGCAUAUUGUUGUUCUCAAGCACAAUGUUUGGCGUGUAAAAGGCCUAAUUCAGGUCUGCAGAACAAUUGGCGAUGCUUAUCUCAAAAAGCAAGAGUUCAACAGGGAACCUCUAUAUGCAAAAUUCCGCCUUCGUGAACCUUUCCACAAGCCCAUACUGAGUUCAGAACCAUCCAUCAGUGUGCAUCCAUUACAACCACAUGAUCAGUUUCUCAUAUUUGCAUCUGAUGGACUUUGGGAGCACUUGACCAACCAAGAGGCUGUUGAUAUUGUUCACAAGAACCCUCGCAGUGGCUGCGCUAGAAAGCUGAUAAGAGCAGCGUUGAAAGAAGCAGCCAAGAAAAGAGAGAUGAGGUACUCUGAUCUCAAUAAGAUUGAUCGCGGUGUUCGUCGCCACUUCCAUGAUGACAUAACUGUCAUAGUAGUGUUCCUCGACUCCAGCAUUGUAAGUAGGGCGAGCGCCAACCGGGGUCCUGCCCUUUCCCUGAGAGGCGGCGGUGUCACCCUGCGCAGCAACACGCUUGCACCUUACUCGUCGCAGACUUGAUGCCACGCACCUGACUGAAGAAGAUUUUGGUAAAUGUGUCAUAUACCGACCAAGAUCAUCCCCUCAAUGAUGUAAAGAAAUAGGAGAGGCACAGAUGCUCUUCUCCAGCCUUUUUAAUUUCAUCACAGUAAUGUAUGUGUCAAGGUUGACUCGGAUCAAUAGCUGCUCUGUUCUGCUGUGCGGCAGAUGCUCCGUUUAAAGCACAACAUCUUUCCAUCUAACAAAGCGAGUAUGUCUUCCACUGCAGGAAUUAACCCCAGUGCAUAUAUGAAAUAAUAAGCCAAAAGGAGUAACUUAUUAACAGAUGUUGUGGACUUUGUGUGUGUAUGUAUACUGUUUUGACUCGUACAUCUACUGUUGUUUAUUGACCACUGUGAAGUGAACUUGCUGAUUUCGUCU